AUGUCGACCAAGGUCGCCAAAGCGUCGCGGUCCAUGGACACGGUCAUGACUGUGGAAGCUGUCGUGAUCAACAUCGCGCAGUGCAUGCGCGAUGCCGCCGACGUCGUCACGUUCCUCGAGGCGGUGCCGUCGACGCCACUGCUGUCCUCGCUUCAGCAGUGGAUGAUGAUAACACGCACUAAGAUCCAGAGCUCUUGGCCGCACCUCUCGGUGCUAAGUCUCUCGUGCAACGACCGUGCCGCCGCGCUGGCUGUGAUGCCGGCCAUCGCCUCGGUCCGUGCUGAGGACGACUUUUUCCGACAGUUUGAGCCCCACGCUAGCGCAUGCAGCGCUGCCUUCUUGGCCUUUCUUUGUACGGUCGCAGACAAGUGGCCGGCCAAGCUAUUGCACGUGAGCCUCACGAUGCCAACGAACGACGACGACGUGGCGCGCGUUUGUCAAGCGCUGCGCCGCUGCGACCGUCUUGGCAGCCUCCAGAUCAACGCGGUGCACCAGUUUCAUGCGUCCGUGCUCGGUGCGGCCCAUCACAUCCGUCGACUUGACUGGGUGUACGACGGCUACUCGAGUGUCGUCGCACGAUCGCUGCAUUGGUCAGCGGCCAUUACGGCCUGGCUGAACGCAGGACCAACGACCCAUAUCGGUUUCCACCGGCUUGGUUUCCACGCGUUCAGCUCAGUUGGCCCGCUGUGGUCGCAACAUGACGACGACCUCGCGCUUGCAAAGGCGCUUGCGUCCGUACCGAGUCUUAUGCUGCAAGGCGCCGAUAGCAUCGUCGACAUGCUCGUCCACGUACACGCUCCGCUGCAUGCGCUGACGCAGCUGAGCGUCAACAUCGAAGGUGGCGCCCGCGUCCAGGGCCUAUUGGGUCUCGUUGACUUGGCCAAGAUCACGCACCUCGACAUUACGCUGCGUGGACCUACGAAAGUCGACCUCAGCGAUGUCGCCGCGGCGCUGCCCCAUCUCACGUCGCUGCAAGAGCUCAAGCUGAACGAGGUUGCCCUUCUCAACGCUCCAGCCGAGGCAACGACAACGAGUCUCCGCGUCGUAUGCUUGGAACGCGUCGAGUGCUCGGAGCUUGCAGCGCGUCGCCUUCUCCAGUGGAUCUCGUCCUCGCCGUGCCUCCGGGAAGUGGCGUGGGACGACCUUGAUUUCGCCGAUAUCCCUGCCACGGAGCUCGCAACGAACUUGCGCUCGUGGAUCGCUGUUGGCGUGCAUAGCGUGCGGCUCGCAAGCGCGGGUCUCGAUGAUGCCGGCGCGACAGAGAUGGCGCAGGUGCUGUGCGACACGCAUCACGCGUCUGGCUUGACGCUGGACCUCCGCUUCAACGAAGAGAUGAACGACGACGGCUUCCGGGAGCUCCUCAACGCGCUCGGCACCUGCACGAACGCCACGCUGGUCCUCUCGGAGACGC